GGAAACAAUACAAUAUUUCUUACAUGGGAAAAAGAUUAAAGACCAGCCCAAAAUAGGGGCAAAAGUGCCAAUGACCCUUUUGAAAAACGGGUUUAUAUGUUAUAACUAGUGAUUUGGUUAUAUGAGAUUCAGAAUUGGCAGUUGAUUACAUUUCAUCAUCACGCUAAUUUGCAUUCCCUUACAGACAAUCAAUCUGAAUUUUCACUUCGAUUCAGAGAGUAUCAGCUGCAAUUUAUCUCUCCAUUUCCUCUCGAUUCAGUGUUGCAGGUGUCGAAAUUGAAUUUGGAUUUGUGUGGAUUAUUAGGCGACAAUGGUUUCCUUCGAAAUGAAUGAUCGCAAAAAGAUUGGGCUAGGAUUGACCGGAUUCGGAGUAUUUUUCUCAUUCUUGGGGAUUAUUUUCUUCUUCGAUAAGGGACUAAUUGCAAUGGGAAAUAUCCUCUUCUUCUCAGGGGUGGGACUAACCAUUGGUCUGAAGUCGUCGUUGCAAUUUUUUAUGAAACGCAGCAACUAUAAGGGAACAGCUGCAUUUGGUGCUGGAUUUUUCUUUGUUGUCAUUGGUUGGCCUAUAAUAGGGAUGAUUCUCGAGGCUUAUGGAUUCAUUGUACUCUUCAGUGGUUUCUGGCCAACACUGUCAGUAUUCAUGCAAAAGAUACCUAUUCUGGGUUGGAUCUUCCAGCAGCCCUUUAUCAGAUCGUUCUUUGACAGCUACCGUGGAAAACGAGUCCCUGUAUGAUCUUAGUUGAAUGGGCCGACGAACCUACAGCAUUUAACCUCCCUUAUACGUUUGUAAAGUACCCUGUUCUGAAGAUUGACGUCUUGAAGGGUGUUGACAGUAUAGUUUGUUUGCAGUUUAUGAUUGAGCCUUGUUAGCGUCUAGUGAACAUUUUUUACUAUAUCCUUUUUUUAAUUUUUUAUAAUCGUAGUGUCUGGGCAGCUUGCGUGAAGUUUGUUUAACUAUUUCUUAGUUUAAGAGCAAGUAAAAUAAAUUUUGUUUUGUUGA